AUGAGGCAGCAACAAUUUCAUCGACUAGAAGCGAGUGGAGAAGCGCAGCAGCAUGAAGGUCAAUUAGAAUUACAUCAGCAGCAACAGCAAAUGAUGGUGCAUAACUCGAAUGGAGAUCAAAAUCCAGUGCAAGCUGUUGCCAUGCGAAUUGUAUCCAGCAACGUUCAGUCUUUAAAUGUAAAAGAAGUGUAUCGCCUUAUUGUAACAUCAACCUCAAAUCCGAUAAACACAAAAUUUGAAGAAGUGGUUUCCCAUGCCGAGACUGAAAAUCAUCAGCAUGAUGCUGAAGCCUGUCUGAGGAUAAAAGAGGCUAAUGAAACAGAUAGUUGUUUCCGCGGUUGGUCUUUAUUACACCUAGCAUGUCAUUCUGGCAUUACAUUAAUGGUUGAGCUGUUGCUCCAAUUUGGUGCUGAUAUAAACAUGCACGGUUAUCAUGGAAGGACUCCUUUGCACCGUUGCAUUUCUAGUGGGAAAGAUUCAUUGGCUAAGUUUUUACUAAGGGGCGCAAAACCAUCAAUUAAAGAUGUUGGUGGACAUACUGCACUUGAAAGAGCAAUGGAGAUGAGAGGUAGAAACACUGUUCUUCUAGAUGCUGUUAGCUACAGAAUACCAUUUGUUAGCGACAUACCGACCAUAAUUUUUGGAGCAGAUGUUACGCAUCCUGAAAACGAAGAAGACACUAGCCCCUCGAUAGCAACUGUUGUAGCAUCCCAAGAUUGA